AUGGCUGCUCCGGCGAGUAGCUCACCCCUGGCCCCGAUCCCGCCGGACUGGCCCGAUUCCGGCAGCAAUGAUGUGCUGCGGACACUGUUCCUGCAGUGUGUUGAUGCAUAUGUAGCGGAGUCAGGGAACGACGUGGACUGGCUACUUGUGGUACGAGCGUCCGCAGCGAUGCGCCUGCGUUCCCGACGGAGGGAGCCACGCGAGUGGAUUCGCUUUCUGCUCCGGUCCCGGGCAACGCACGGUGAAUUUCACCAGCUUGUCCGGGACAUGCGCCUCGACGACAGAAGCGACUUCUUCCGAUACUUCCGCAUGACGCCGCAAAGAUUUGACCACCUGCUCUCCUUGGUGGGGCCUCUUCUGCAGAAAAAGGCGACUUUCUUCAGGGAGCCCAUAAGCCCUGCAGAACGUUUGUCGUUCACAAUCCGGUGCCUGGCUCAUGGGUCUUCUCAGCAGCUGGCAUCCAUGUGCUACAGGAUCGGACGAUCGACAGCAAGCAACAUCCUACGGGAGACGUGCUGGGCACUGCACCAUGUACUGGACCCAUUGUACCGCCCGGCCCCCGACACUGCCCAGUGGGAGCGGAUCGCAGCAGAGUUUGGCAGGCUGUGGAACUUCCCAAACUGUGUCGGAGCCCUGGAUGGCAAGCACGUGGCCAUCCAGGCCCCGUCCGCUGCAAGUGGCGGCCAUGGGAGCUAUGGCAUGACACCAACCUUGGUGCAUUGUAAUAACUUGGCAAGAUGUGCUACUAUGUGC